AUAGAAUCCCCGUUGCCAUGGCUCCCGGAUUGCGUCCAAACGCAGAGGCGCUGCUGUGAAGACUAAAGGGAAUCCUUCCUCGUUGUAUUUCACUGAUCAGUGAUCCAGAAAAGCACCAUGGGCCUGAUCACAGAAGAUCUUAUUAGACGGAAUGCUGAGCACAAUGACUGUGUAAUUUUUUCCCUGGAGGAACUUUCCCUGCAUCAGCAAGAAAUAGAAAGACUAGAACACAUUGACAAGUGGUGCCGAGAUUUAAAAAUUCUCUAUCUUCAAAAUAACCUCAUUGGAAAAAUUGAAAAUGUUAGCAAACUCAAGAAACUUGAAUAUUUGAAUUUAGCACUAAACAACAUUGAAAGAAUUGAAAAUUUGGAAGGAUGUGAGUGGCUGACAAAACUUGACUUAACUGUAAAUUUUAUUGGUGAGCUGAGCAGUGUUAAAACCCUGAAGCACAACAUCCACCUGAAGGAGCUCUUCCUCAUGGGCAACCCGUGUGCUGACUUUGAUGGCUACAGGCAGUUUGUGGUGGUGACCUUACAGCAGCUAAAGUGGUUGGAUGGGAAAGAAAUAGAGCGUUCCGAAAGGAUCCAGGCAUUACAGGACUAUCCAGCAGUUGAACAGCAAAUCAGAGAACAAGAGAAAGCUUACUGCCUUAGACGGGCCAAAGAGAAAGAGGAGGCUCAGAGGAAACUCGAGGAAGAAGAAGACAAGAAGAAAAGCUGCCCAGGUUUUGACGGGCAUUGGUACACAGACAUUCAUGCUGCUUGCCCAUCUUCCAUAGAGGACAAAGACCAUCUCCAGGUACCAGAAACACAAGAAAAGGAACACAUCACAAAGAAAUCAGAUGAAAGUGAAGAUGACCUGGCAUUCUGGAACAAACCCUCUUUGUUCACUCCUGAAUCUAGAUUGGAAACUCUUAGACACAUGGAAAAACAACGUAAAGCCCAAGAAAAAUUAAGUGGAAAUAAGAAGAAAGUGAAACCACCCCGGACUUUGGUCACUGAAGAUGGGAAGGUCCUGAAUGUCAAUGAAGCCAAACUUGAUUUCUCUUUGAAAGAUGAUGAGAAACACAACCAGAUCAUCCUGGACCUGGCUGUCUAUAGGUACAUGGAUACCUCAUUAAUUGAUGUUGAUGUGCAGCCCACGUAUGUUCGAGUAAUGGUCAAAGGAAAGCCGUUUCAGCUUGUCCUUUCUGCAGAGGUCCAGCCUGACAAGAGCUCCGCUAAAAGGUCUCAAACAACAGGACAUUUGCUGAUAUGCAUGCCCAAGGUUGGAGAAGUGAUCACAGGAGGUCAGCGAACACCCACGUCUGUGAAAAACAGCCUGGACAGCGGCAGAGAGCAAGUGAACCACAGAAAAAAGCAGACAGAAAGAUUAGAAGUCGAUCCCAGCAAGCAUUCCUGCCCUGAUGUGACUACAAUAGUACAAGAGAAAAAACAUAAACUCAAAAGAAUAGACUCUCAAGCCCAAGUUGUACCCACUAUGGAAGAUCCUGAAUUUGAUGAUAACCCAGAAGUGCCUCCACUAAUUUGAAACAUGAGGCUGUGUUGUUAUUGACUGUGAUCUGAUCAACCCAUGUUGCUUGGUGUCAACAAUGGAUGUGUGUCCUUCAUGGGGUCAACAUAGUUCAUUAUAGUUUUAUCUGAUGUUGUAACUCCUACUUUGCAUAGUAAUAUUCUUAAGUGAGUUUAAAAUUAAAUUGCAUACCUUAAAUAUGCUAUAACUUAUCACUCAUCUAUAAUUAAGGUUGGCUAUUGAAAAUAUGCAGUCAUGUAAUAGAACUAUGACAUUCAACAUUAAGAAUAAAUAAUUUAUUGCUUGCUUAUGCAAUAAAUUGUGUCAUAUGGAAAAGGGCUUGAGAAAAUGGGUCAAAGUCAGAUGUUAAAACUGUAAUCUCAGAUCCAUCUUUAAUGCUUUGACAUCGUUUUCAACAGUGUUUCCAUUUUCCUUCUCAUGUGUCUGCUUUCUCUAGUGGUAUGAUGUAAUGGCAAGAACAUGAAUUUGACAUUAGACGCUCUAUAUUUGGAUUCCUGCUGAGUCACUGCAGGAAGACUUUCAGUGGGUUCU